GGGGCGGAGGGGGGCGAGCAGGCUGUGGAGGGGGGCAGCCGAGGGGCGGAGGGGGGCGAGCAGGCCGUGGUCAGGCCUCGGGACGUCCCCGCCCAGGACUCCCGGAAGAGCAGCUCCUCCCGGUCCUCCCGCUCCUCCCGGAAGAGCUUCCGCCUGGACUACCGGCUGGAGGAGGACGUCACCAAGUCCAAGAGGGACAAAAGUGGCCGCUUCGUCAACCCCUGGCCCACGUGGAAGUUCCCCUCCUACUCCACCAUCUUCAGGUUCUUCUUCCUGGACAAGAACCACAGCAACGUCCCCUCGUCUAAAGAGGUGCUGGACCGAGAGCUGCCCAUACUGGAGCCCUUCUUUGUGCAGAACCCCGAGCAGGUGGGCCGAAUCGGCUCCGGGAUCCGGGUGACCUGGCUGGGCCACGCCACGGUCCUGGUGGAGAUGGACGACCUGGUGGUGCUGACGGACCCGGUGUUCAGCCAGCGGGCGUCGCCGCUGCAGUUUGUGGGGCCGCGGCGGUACCGGGACCCGGCCUGCACGGUGGCGCAGCUGCCCCGGGUGCAUGCGGUGCUCAUCAGCCACACCCACUACGACCAUCUGGACGCGGGCUCGGUGGCCAGCCUGAACGCGCGCUUCGGCGCCGACCUGCGCUGGUUCGUGCCACUCGGCCUGCUGGACUGGAUGCAGAAGCGGGGCUGCGAGAACGUCAUCGAGCUGGACUGGUGGGAGGAGAACUGCGUCCCGGGCCACGACGAGGUCACCUUCGUCUGCACGCCCGCGCAGCACUGGUGCAAGCGCACGCCCGUGGACGACAACCGCGUGCUGUGGUGCAGCUGGUCCGUGCUGGGGCCCGGCAACCGCUUCUACUUCGCCGGCGACACGGGCUACUGCUCCGUCUUCGAGGAGAUCGGGAAGCGCUUUGGGCCCUUCGACCUGGCCGCCAUCCCCAUCGGCGCGUACCUGCCCAGGGACGUGAUGAGGUCACAGCACGUGGACCCGGAGGAGGCUGUGCGGAUCCACAUCGACGUCCAGGCCAAGCACUCCGUCGCCAUACACUGGGGCACCUUCGCUUUAGCUUACGAGUAUUACUUGGAACCGCCAGUGAAGCUGAAGGAAGCUUUGGAGAAGUAUGGACUCAAUGAAGAUAACUUCUUCCUUUUAAAGCAUGGCGAGUCCAGACUUCUGAAUUCUGAAGAAGUGUUUGAAUGAUUGGAUGGAACCUGUCACAACUCCCCUCCCUCCGGUUAUUGGUAGUGUGCUUUCAUAAUUUAAGAACACCCAAUCCGGUGUUCCUUGGCCCAAAAUGUAUACACCACUAAGCGUUAGCAAGUGUUGGGCUAUGCUAUGAACAGUGAUUGGAAAUACAGUGGAACUGUAUUCGACACCAUGAGAUGAAUAUUCAUCUGGGCGUUUUUUUAGGCCCUUCAAAAUGUCUCAGACCAGUUAAAUCAAGCUUUCUUCUCUUACCCAAAUGAUAAAUGUACUUUAUCUCUCAUCUCAAUAAGAUGAGGACACAAAUAUACUAGCAAUACUUAAAAAUACGGGGGAUUAUAUGGCAAAAAAAUCAUAAUGAUGAUGUAAGUCGCUCUGGAUAAGAGUGUCUGCUAAAUGCCAAUAAUAUCACAAUUUUUGAUACAAAAUAUGUGUGACAAUAUUUUCUGUUAUUUUUUAAACUGGAGUUGAUUUCAUGUUUUUGAGCAUGGAGUACCAAGGGAGGGCCAUUCUCCUAUGUCAGCUGUGGCCAUAGCCCAUGUCAGAUUGCGUGAAUCCGAAACUAGUUCCAAAUUAGAGGUUGAACCUUUUUUUGGAAUCAGAUUCUCCCCUGAGUCCAGAGUAGUUUUCUCAACUCCCUCACUUGUUUCUUGAGGAGAGUGAAGAAAGUGACCUGGGACGAGAACCUGUGGUAUAUCAUCAAUAUUGGCACGGUUAGGGGGUAUUAGUAGGCAUAUCGCUACUGUGGGUUUGAGUGCCAUAUUGCUUUUAUAAAAGGGAUCCAUAGUUUUGUCAGUUCUGCCAGUUAAGGUUUUUCAGUAAAAAAAAAUUAUAAAACGAUUAUUUCCAAUCCAGUGUUCCUUUGUCAAUUUGUGUUUCAGCUGAGAUAGCAGUCCCUGAUAAAUCAGGGGUGAUGAAAUUUUCAUAAAUCUUUUUAAUACCAAUUACACUUUGUGUGUGAUAUCUCUUUCAUAAUAUGGAUCCAUAGCUGGCUAAAUGUAAAGUUCACACCUGAAUUAGCUUUUCAGCAAAAUUUGAAGGACGAUCUCCACGAUUUGUGUGAAAAGGCGCCUGAAACACUAUCUAUGGCGAUACAAAUCGCAGUAUCGCCCAACAUACAAGUAACCACUACACAAGACUUUGGUGCCUGGAAAACAAGCAGGUUAUUUGAAACAAUGCCUUUCUGUAAAGCUAAUGGCUCAUAUUAAUGGUUACUAUUUGCAGAUACUGAAUUACAGAAUUGUGGAACUUUUGCUGUUAGUGCCAUGUUUGUUGUGAGUCUUUCCAGUGAUCUAAAAGGACUGGAGCACUUGGGCCCUGACUUUACUCAGAUACAUUCAGAGUUUGGCUCUUUUUACUUUGCAGCUUUUACAUUACACACACACUUCUGCAGUAGUGUUUUGGUGCACGUCGUAAUUCUUCUUUUUGUGCUGAGGUGUUUUUGCAUUUGGGCGGGCCUCUGUUUUAAGCCUGCCUAUGAAUGUGUACAUUUGGUUAUUUUGAAAACAUGCCAAGGCAUUUUACAGCACAUCUGGGCUUUAAGUACUCCUGGUGCAGCCCGCAUCCAUUACCCCCAUUACUAUGACGUUAAGGACAUCUAACCUCUGAUGUCAGGACUGCAAAGACAGUAUGCUGUGUACAGCACAUGUAAAUAUGGUAGCCUUUCACUUUCACUAUGUACAUAAUAAAAUCUGAGCUUUUUGUAUUCACUAACCAUCUUUGGUUUUCUAAAUAAAUACUGUUGAUUAAAACAGCCGAUCUGUGAAUGUUGUUUCUUUCCACUGGCCUGCCCCUGUUGUUCUCAUGUGUUUCGGUAUGGCAGUUAGCAUUUCAGCUGUGUGAUCAGUGCUGACCUGGCACUAUUGUAAA